AUGACACAAAUGAUGGAAAUGAUGAGAUCCAUGUGUAUAAGACUGGAAGCAUUGGAAGCUCGAUCUAGGCCUACUCAGCCAGCCGCUCAGUCAGCACUACCUACCCUAUCAGCUCAGCAAGUCACUCAGCUAGCCACUCAGUCUGAUAUUCUACAAGAGGAGGAGCAAGAGGAGGAACUGCAGCAGGCAAAUGCGGAGAACACUGCGGAGAAAGCAAGCGACAACAAGGCCACCAUCAGCAAGAACACGGCUCAGUUCUCCACAAUCCCACGUCAUAUGCUCUCCACGGUUCCACGUCAAAUCACCACUCAGCAGGCGGAGAACGACACUACAAUUUGGCCUGCUAUCUCUGCAAGCCUGGGCAAUAUCACAUUGUGGUAUAUCACUGCAAUGACGACACAAGAGGAGGAUCUACUGCGACGAUCACAGCCAAUUGGGCCUCUGCAGGAGGACAUCGGACGAUGCAUAUUUGGACGAAUUGAAACCGUCUGA